GCCCAUUGAUUUUUCGAAGCACUCGUCCAGUGAUACCCCCAAAACUACUUCCAUAAUUCACACGCAAACCAACAACGAAAAUGGGUGUCGGUCGUCGUAUGAGGAAACAGGGCCCUCCUGAACCCUUAUCAGAAGAACAUUUUGCGAAAUUGAAGAGGAAGGCUGGUUUACCCGUUGACGAUACACCCGCCGAGGCGCCGAAUAAGAAGAAGCGGAAAACUGCGACGGCGGAUGUGAAUAACAAAGAUAAAGUUAAUGGCGCUGCGGCGAAGAAUGGUGUGGUUAAGGCGAAUGGGAAAGCUAAUGGUGUGAAGAGCGCGCCAGUCUCGAAACAAAAUGGGAAGACGAAGGGCAAGAAGCAUGUACCGGAGCCAGAGUCCGACGAGGAUCUGAGCGAUGGCCUUGGUGAUGGGUUUAGCGGGUCUGAAAUGGAUGACGAUGAGUUCUCUAACUUGGACGAUGAGGAGAUGGGUGGCCUGGGAGAUGACUUCUUAGGUUCCGACGACUCAGUCUACGAUUCCGACGCAGAAGAUCCUAAGGAGCGAAAAGCAAUGUUCUCGGAAGACGAAGACGAUUCAGAUGCUGAAGAGAAACUCACUGCGGCAAACAUCGUCGGUCUAUCGCGAAAACUCGACGAGCAAAUAGCACAAGAAGAGGCGGAAGCUCAAGCCGAAUUGGAAGAAGCAGCCCUUCAGACCAACAUCGAGCGACCGCAUGUCCUUGGCGACGAGGAAGAAGAUGAUUUAGCCUUAAAGACCAAAGCACUCCUAGCUCCCGAUCUACAAUUACUAAGAACGAGAAUUACCGAUACGAUACGUGUCUUGGACGACUUUGCGAACUUGGCGGAGGAGGGCAGAUCAAGAGCUGAAUACACAUCGCAAUUGUUGAAAGACAUUUGCGCCUACUACGGUUACUCGGAAUACCUUGCUGAGAAACUCAUGAACCUGUUCCCGCCGAAGGAGGCUUUCGCAUUUUUCGAAGCAAACGAGACGGCACGACCUGUCGUCAUCCGAACAAACACUCUACGAACACAUCGCCGAGAUUUAGCUCAAGCCCUUAUAAAUCGUGGUGUCACGCUGGAACCUGUAGGCAAAUGGUCUAAGGUUGGGUUGCAGAUUUUCGAGAGUAAUGUACCUCUCGGUGCUACGCCCGAAUACCUCGCUGGUCACUACAUCCUUCAAGCCGCAUCUUCAUUCCUACCCGUCAUGGCUCUAGCCCCGCAAGAAGGAGAGCGAGCACUUGAUAUGGCUGCUGCUCCUGGUGGUAAAACAACACAUAUGGCUGCUAUGAUGAAGAACACUGGAUGCAUAUUUGCCAACGAUCCUAGUAAAUCUCGUGCGAAGGGUCUCAUUGGUAACAUCCACCGUCUCGGUGCUCGCAACGUUGUCGUCUGUAAUUACGACGCCCGAGAAUUCCCGAGGGUUAUGGGUGGUUUCGACAGAGUACUUCUCGAUGCUCCUUGCUCUGGCACAGGAGUUAUCGCUAAGGAUCCUUCAGUCAAGACCAACAAGGACGAAAAAGAUUUCAUGGUUCUACCCCACACUCAAAAACAACUACUUCUAGCCGCCAUCGACUCAGUCAACCACGCAAGCAAGACCGGUGGUUUCUUAGUCUACUCUACCUGUUCAGUUACUGUCGAGGAGAACGAGCAAGUAGUCCAAUAUGCACUCAACAAACGCCCCAACAUCAAACUCGUAUCCACCGACCUUCCCUUCGGAAAAGAAGGUUUCACUAGCUACAUGGGCAAGAAAUUCGACCCGAGCCUACGUCUAACACGACGAUACUACCCACAUACCUACAACGUCGAUGGUUUCUACGUCGCCAAGUUCCAAAAGAUCGGCCCGACACCUCCAAAUCUCAUUAAGGACCACAAGCCUGUCCAGGGUGCUUCAGUGCCCCAGGCAGACGAUGAGGUUAUUGACAAGACACCCAUCGCCGCGGACGAGGACGUACCAGAGGAGCUUCGGGAGAAGGAUGACUUCGGUGGUUUUGAUGAGGAGGAAGAUGAGAAGUAUAUUGAGCGCGCGAAGAAGAAUGCUAUGAGGAGACGGGGUCUAGAUCCUAAGACUUUGGAUAAGCCGAAAGCAAAGGUGGAGAAGACGGAGACGAAUGGUACUGUGGAGAAGGAAGCUGAGCCGAAGAGCGAAAAGAGUGAGAAGGUUGCAGGCAAGACGAAGAGUAAGAGUAAGAGUAAAAACAAGAAGAAGGCGUAAGGUUUUAUAAAUAGGAAAGGGGUAGAUUAAAAUGGAUUUCUUCAUUGGCGCCACAUUAAAUCACGAGCCCCUUUGUGAAUUACUCGCCUGAUUAAUGAGCAUUAUUUUUUACCUCUACGAAUUCUAUAACUAAAAUGUUUGAGCGUAAUCUACGAUGGGAUGAUAGGGCGGACUCCAGACGAUUCAAAGUUUCCCAAAAAAAUUAAAUCACAGGCUCCAUCAUAGAUGAUUCAAAGGCUUGAUACUAUCAU